AUGUUUAGGAGUGAGUUUCUGAAGCUUGUUGGGGUCAUCAAACAAGGUGACAUAUUGGCUCUGCAGGAUCUCUGUGACUUCCCAGCAGCCUUCAACCAUGUGGAUGAGCGCGGCUGGUAUCCUCUACACUGGGCUGUGGUCCAACCUCUGGUUCAGGUCCUGGAGAUGGUGCUGUAUGCAUCUCGUAGUCUGACUCUGGAGGAAAAGACCUCAGAGGGAGACAGCUUCCUGACUCUAGCGGUAAAAGAUGGUUUGGUUGAAAACGCCAAGACGUUACUGAACCACGGAGCUUCUCCUCAAACCACCAACAACAUGAACGAAUCCCCUCUGAUUUUAGCUGUCAGAGCUGGAUCUCCCCAGAUGGUUUCCUGUCUGAUAGCUGGAGGAGCUCGGGUUGAGCAGGUGUGUCUGAAGAAGUGGACGGCCAUGCACGAGGCCUCAAGAGCCGGCUGUGUUCACGUGGUGGAGCUCCUGUUGCAGAACGGGGGUCAGGUAUCCGAGACGGACCAGCAUGGAGUGACUCCUCUGGGGAUCGCUGCAGAGUACAGCCACCCUGAAGUCCUGGAGCUCCUCAUCAAACAUGGUGCUGAUGUAAACGCCCAGGCACCAAAUGGCGACAGCGUCCUGUAUGACGCUGCAGGAUCAGGGAAUCUAAACUGCAUGGAGAUCCUGCUGCAGCAUGGAGCAAAUCCCAACAUCCGCAACCUAAGUUCGCAACUGCCCAUUCACCGCGCCGCAUAUGAAGGACACUACCUAGCUUUGAGGAUGUUGAUGCCGAUCACCACAAGGCGAGCCCUGAGGCUGUCCGGACACAGCCCGGUCCACUCUGCCGCUGAUGGAGGCCACGCCCACUGCCUGGAGCUCCUGCUGCAGAACAGUUUCGACAUCAAUGCGCUGUUAGCUCCUCACCUCUCAGAAAAUUACGGAGACAUGAGGAAAAGCCCGCUCUACUUUGCUGUCUCCAACGGGGAUGUGACCUGCACUGAGAUUCUACUGAGGUCAGGGGCCAAACCUGACCUAGACCCGCUGCGUUGCCUCCUGGUGGCGAUCAGGUCGGGGCGAUAUGAGAUCGUGAAGCUGCUGCUGGCGGCCAAGGCAGACGUGAACUGUUACUUCACCAUGGUGAACGACACAACGUUUCCUACAGCGCUGCAGUACUGCCUGAAGAACGAGGUGAUGAUGAGGCUGCUGCUCAACAACGGCUAUGACGCCGAGAAGUGUUUCCACUGUAACCAUGGCAACGACGACUGGGAGGACCUAGAAUGUGGUUUCUCACAAGAUCAGGAGGAAAAAGUUUCGUUUUGUGACUUUGUCAGCGUCUCCUGCCUGGUGAAUCUGGUUGGUCGAGUCGUCUCGCUCCUCCUCGAGUACGUCGGUCAGGUUUCUCUCUGCAGCAAACUCACAAAGAUCCUGGAGCAUCAGGAGGAGUGGCCUCACAUUCACUGGACCACACGUGAGUUAUUGUGUAACCCUCGCUCUCUGUCUCACCUGAGCCGAGUGGUGAUCAGAAAACACCUGAGCUGCAGCAAUCUCAUGUCGGUCCACCUGCCCAACAGGCUGAAAGACUACCUGCUGUUCAGAGACAACGACCUGUACGCCCAAAUCCUCUGCAGCGAGGACUGACCUCAGCCCGACUCCUGACACAUCUACCGGGUCUUAAGUGUCAGCGAUGACUUUGUAUUUUUUUUUUCUUUUUACUUCUGUGAAUACAGAACUGGUCCUGUAUUUACAAGAGACCUGAAAAACAACAUCAAAAUAUAAAUUAAAAAGUGUGAGGGAUGAAACAUUCAUCAAGAUAC